CAUUAAAAGCAAAAGAAGAAGAAGAACAACAACAUACUGGACAGUAGCCAGCUGUUGAGGAUCCAAGACCAAUAUUCCUACAUUUCCCAUACUGCAGUGCGUCAUCCCGAACCCCGCCCUUUCCUCUCCCUAAACUUUGGUUGUGUCGACUUUCUGUUUUGCAGUGAUUUGAUUGCUCGGUCUCAGCUAUGCGAGUUGACCCGGACUGGACACACCUCGCCCUGCACCCCCACUGACCCUCCUCUUCGUCUUCCUCAUCAUCAUCAAAAGAGAGAGAAAGUUCGUGUUGUUGAGCCGCCGUCGCUCUCCAGGGUGGAAGAUGUCCGCUGGCUUCUCCGGGCCUGAGCCACUUUAGGAAGAUCUCCUCCCACGGAACCUCAUCGAGGAAAACACCAACGUUUUUGUCGCGCGCUCAAGUUGUCCUUCAGUGGAAACUGUCAAAGUUGCCCCCCCCCCCUCUUUAAACACGGAGCUCUAUGGCUGUGAAACGGUUCCCUGGAUUUCCGUGGAGUUAAACGUUAUGUCUGUUGCUCCAGGCCAAGAGGGCGGACAGGAGAUGCCUUCUGCCUAGCAGCGCUAACGGUAUCUGGACCACAGCUAGGUCGUUAAACGCACAUUAUUCAGAAUCACAUCAUUGUGGUGUUGUUAUUAUUUGUUUUUUAGACAGUCUGCAAUCAGCCUAACAGUUGGUCUUUAAAAUAAAUAUGCCGAAGUAGCGGUUACGUUGUUAGCUAACCGUUAAAAUCUGCCUUCGAGUCAACUACAACCAUAAAGUUAUCUUGCACGACAUUAAGCUAGCUUGCAGUUCAAGUCAGCUUCAACAUCAUAACAACAAAAGCCAAAUGUCUGGACUUUAUUCACUGACACGUGCCACUACAGUGACUGUUGUCUGUCCAGCACAACACCAGUGUGUUAACACUGACUACAAGUGAAUUCAUUAUUUAACACAGCCUAGCAGAUGGGUGAACUAACUUGGCUACUAGCUAGAACGCAAGGAAAAAAAGGUGUGUAACAGGACUUGUUGACAUUUGAGCAGCUUAACGUUGAAGAACCUACUGAACCUUGUAACCCACGGAGAGGAGAAGACUGUUGACCAUGGAGGGAAACGUACAACAACAGAAGACGACACCUUUAGCUCGGGAACUGACGAGGAUAUUUAACAGCUACAACAAACACACCAUACAACUGAAGAAGAACUUAAAGGAAACUAAUGCGUUCUUCCGGGAAAUAAGGCAAAAUUACAGCAAUGCUUGUGCAUCAACCAUGAGCUCGGAUUCAGCUUCUUUUGAGGCAGGCCAGCUCAGCUGCAUCUCUUUCCCCAGCCAUGAGGAAGAGUUCCUGCGUAACACGGUGGGUGCUGCCCCGUACAUCCUGGUACUAGGCCAGGACUGUGCCGCCCGCUAUCGGCUGCUUAACAGCCUCCUGGGGGAGAGGUUGCUGCCACUGGGCCCAGAGGCCGGAGAGGCUUGUGAAGGAGUCCAGGGCAGCGUCUGCAAGAGGCGGAAGCUGUGUUUCACCCAUGGGAGACAGACACGGCUCAGCUUGGCACUGCCGGGCCAGUAUGAGCUGGUGCACCAGCUGGCGGCUAACUGCGGUCGCUGGGACACGGUACCCCGGGAAGACCUGGAGAUCCAUGAGGAAUGUGAGGACCCGGCCCACAGGCUAGCAGAGCUGGAGAUCACCCUACAUCACCCACUGUUACAGGAAGCAAAGGUCAUGGUGGUGCCUUGUCUGAGUGUCCAGCCCAUAGCAGAGGCCCUGGCAGACUGCACCCGCACUGUCAUCCCCAUCAUCCUCUACGCCGUCAACCAGGACUCCCUAAGCACAGACCAUGUGGCUGAGCUGUGGAAGGUCAAAGAGAUGCUCUCCUUUCCUAUCUGUUUUAUCCGUAUUCCUGACACAAUGCCAGCAGCCUCCCCAGAACCCGGCCGCCAUGCGGAGAGGGAAAAGGAGAGGGAUAGGGAGAAGAGUGCCCUCUAUAAGCAGCUGAUCUCCCUCGACUUCCUUAAUAGCCCAGUAGGAAACUGCUCCUGUGGGGCCCCGACACAGACGCCCACCCCGGGGGCCAAGCCCCAGAGCGUGCUGGGUGAGGCUUUCGAAAGGCUGCAUCGGUUGCUGGUGCCUUUUACUCGCCAGGUGCUUCAAAACCAGCAGGUGGAGGCUGCAAACCUGCUUAAUGGGGUUCAUUGUCGCUGUCUAGAUAUUUUCAUCAACCAGGCCUUUGACAUGCAGAGGGACCUGCAGAUAACACCCCGCAGGCUGGAGUACACCCGUGAGAAAGAGGGUGAACUCUUCACCUCCCUUAUGGCCAUCGCUAACCGUAAACAGGAAGAGAUGAAGGAGAUGAUUGUGGAAACGCUCGGCAGCAUGAAAGAGCAGCUGCUGGAGGAUGCUGCCAACCUGGAGUUUACAGACGUCAUCGUAACAACUAAUGGAGAGCCUGUUACGUCGAAGGAGAUCAAAUCGUGCAUCCACCAGAUCCAGGAGCUGAUAGUGGUUCGUUUGAAUCAGGCCGUGGCUAACAAGCUGAUCAGCUCUGUGGACUAUCUGAGGGAGAGCUUCGUAGGAACUCUGGAGCGAUGUCUCAACAGUCUGGAGAAGUCACACAUGGAGUCUUCUGUCCACAAUAUCACUUCCAAUCACCUCAAACAGUUACUAAAUGCUGCCUAUCAUGUGGAGGUCACAUUUCAUUCAGGAUCCUCUGUCUCAAGACUCUUCUGGGAGCAAAUCAAACAGAUAAUCCACAGGAUAACGUUCGUGAACCCUCCUGCCGUCAGCCCAGAGUGGAAGCGCAAAGUGGCCCAGGAUGCCAUAGAAAGCCUCAGUGCUGCCAAACUGGCCAGAAGCAUUUGCUCCCAGUUCAGAACCCGCCUCAACAGCUCCCAUGAGGCCUUCGCAGCAUCUCUGCGCCAGCUUGAGGAAGGGCACACGGGUCGUCUGGAGCGCACGGAGGACCUGUGGCUGCGUGUGAGGAAGGACCACGCCCCUCGGCUGGCCCGCCUGUCUCUGGAGAGCCGCUCCCUCAGGGAUGUGCUGCUGCAUGGAAAGCCGAAGCUCGGGCGAGAGUUGGGUCGGGGUCAGUACGGAGUUGUGUACCUGUGUGACAGUUGGGGAGGACACUACCCAUGUGCCCUGAAGUCUGUGGUACCGCCUGAUGACAAACACUGGAACGACCUGGCUUUGGAGUUCCACUACAUGAGGUCUCUGCCCAAGCAUGAGCGGCUCGUGGACCUGCAUGGCUCUGUGAUCGAUCACACCUACGGAGGCGGCUCCAGCAUCGCGGUGCUGCUCAUCAUGGAGCGGCUGCACAGAGACCUCUACACGGGCUUGAAGGCCGGUUUAUCACUGAGGGAGAGACUUCAGAUUGCUCUGGAUGUGGUGGAGGGGAUCCGCUUCCUGCACGGCCAGGGCCUCCUGCACAGAGACAUAAAGCUAAAGAAUGUUCUGCUGGACAAACAAAAUCGUGCAAAGAUCACCGAUCUGGGCUUCUGUAAACCGGAGGCCAUGAUGUCCGGCAGCAUCGUCGGGACCCCCAUCCACAUGGCUCCAGAGCUUUUUACAGGAAAGUAUGAUAACUCGGUUGAUGUUUACGCCUUCGGGAUCCUUUUCUGGUACCUCUGCACUGGUUCAGUUAAACUCCCAGAAGCCUUUGAGAGAUGCUCCAGUAAGGACCAGCUCUGGAAUAACGUUAAAAAAGGUAAUAAACGCGUUCACACCUGUAGUGUGGUUCGUUUGGUUCAGAUUGAUGGAAAUAAAUAUUUUGUUACCUUUUUAGUUCUGGUCCAGUUUGUGUUCACACUGACCUUUUACAAACAACCCAAGAGCAGUAAACAUGACGUUAUACAAACCGAUUGGAGAUUUUUAUGGUUUUAUAAGGAAAUCAUAUUCUGGUGACACUUCAAUGCUUCUAAUGCGUUUGUUUACAUUCUCUGAUGUCACAGAUCCACGAGGAAAUAACUGAUGUGUUUUAGUCGAGACCUCAUGCUAUGAUGAGAACAAACAGGUGAAAAAAGAAAGAAACGGAAUGAAGAAACAGGUGUCUCAAACAUAAUGUAAUGAUUACUGUCCAUUUGUAUAUCAAUUACUCGCCACAUCUUGAAUUCUUGAAGAAAACUUUUGUCUCGCAUGCCUCCACGGUGAACGGAGCAUCAGAAAACAGAAACGUCUUGAAACCCUUUCACAUUAAGAGUCAUCUGCAGAUGUGCUACUCAUCAGCGUGGGUCUGAAGAGUUUUUAAUAGUACGGUUUAAGCAAAGAUGCAUGUGCUUGGGAAGUAGCGACCGUACAACUAAAUGAAUAAGACGUAUAUUUUACUGCACGACUGAGAGUGUAAACUGUUUUGAUGUAGUUUUGCUGUUAUUAAACGCGGCCCACGUCUAGUUCAACUCAUCAAGACUUUUCACUGUCUUUUGAUUCUCCGUUCACCGUGAAGACGUGCAAGAAAACAAAGUUUUCUUCAAGAAUUCAAGGUAACCUGGAGUAAGUGAUUUACAAAUGGUCAGUUUGAGGAUGAAGUAUUCCUUAAGAUUGUGUCCUUGUUGAUGGCCAGAAGAAAGAUUUAAAAGUAUUUUAGCUUUGAAUUCAUGUUAAUUGUAAAACCUGUGGUUGGUUGGACCAGAGUUGGUUUGAACAGAACAAACCAGAUGAGCUGUUAAAGCACCGUAACUGUUACCUCUAUGACCUAAGUGCUUACUGAGGCUGGCAUACAAAUGAGAAACCUUCCCUCGGAACAUGUCGGGCUUCAGAUAUGAAGCGCUGAUGUUCACUAUCUGAAGACUCUCUGUGUGAUUCUGUCUUGUUGGCUCACUUGUGUCCACGUUGCCUCCAGGAGUCAGACCUGAACGGUUGCCCACUUUUGACGAGGAAUGCUGGCAGCUGAUGGAGGCCUGCUGGAACGGGGACCCCUCCCAGAGGCCCCUGC